AUGAACUCGCUGUACAACCUGGCAAGUCGGCAAAGCGCCGCGAUCCGGGCUGAUCUCGAUGCAUGUACAAGCGAUCCAGCCUCUUCGGCGACACUGCGUCCACAAAUUACGUCGUCCCUUUCGGCCCUCGUCAAGACUAUCGAGGACUAUGAGUCUAUGGCCAAGCGAGAGCUUGUGAUCACCAAGCGCGAAAAAGCGCUGCACCGUGCGGCCAAUUUCCAUGCAGAAGUAAAGCAAUUUCGUGAGGAGCUCGCGCGAGUCCAUACAAGUCCGGCACCAGCACCCGCAUCGGCGCUGGCGCCAAAUAUGUCAGGCAUGACAACAAGGUCUCGGGCCGUGGAGCCGCCGUAUGUCACACCGGCGGGACCUGCCUUGCAAACAGGACCCUCCUACGCGUACCAGUCGACGACAUAUGCGCCACCGUCCAUGACCACGCCGUGCGUGAUGCCAGCCCAGCCAUACCCUAACGCUUACGCAUCGACGACCAUGCCGGCCAUGGCACCCAGCGACCCACUCGCCGCGUAUCGUAUGCACCAGCCACCAGCUAUGCCAGAAGAGCGGUCUUACAGCCUGCGCGAGUCUCAUGCACUGCGUGAGCACAGCUUCAUCCAAAACACGGAGCACCAAUUGGAUGCCUUUAUUGCCCAGGGUCGCUCCAUGCUCGGCAAUCUUGUGGAGCAGCGAAGCAUUUUCAAACAGACUCGCAAGCGCCUCCUGGAUGCAGCGAACACAAUGGGUCUUAGCCGCGAGCUGAUCGGUGUCAUCGACCGCAUGAGCACACAAGAUACGAUCCUGUUCUUUGUGGGCGCAACAAUAACCCUGGUUAUAUUUUACCUCAUUUACCGGUACCUCGGUUAG